UAGUCCAGUAAUUCAAUAGUUUGUAGUGUUUUUGCUACGCUAUCUCUGAAAGUUUUCCUGAUUAACUCAGACCGAAACAGAUUUAGAAAAGAAAAGUGCUGGAAAAACAAUGUUCAGGUUGCAUAAAACAAGGCCAACACCGCCGCCAAGUAAUAAAUCAGGGGAAAAGAUAGAUUUUACGUUCUCCAAUUUCAAACUGGUUCAGGUACCAAAAGGAUGGGACAGGUUGAUCAUGUCGAUAAUCUCAAUGGAGAAUGGGAAAACCAUGGCAAAGACAAGCAAAACAGUAGUUCGAAAUGGGAGUUGUCAAUGGACAGAGACUUUGUCGGAAUCUAUUUGGGUUUCAAAAACAGAGAUGGAAGAUUGUUUCUUCAAGCUUGUUGUUGCAAUGGGAUCAGCAAGAUCUAGCAUUCUUGGAGAGGCGACAGUGAAUAUGACAGGCUAUAUAAAUUCAACCAUCACUGUUCCGGUCUCAUUGCCAUUAAAAAAAUGCAACCAUGGCACAGUUUUGCAGAUGAAAAUUCAAUGUUUGACACCAAGACGAAAACCCAUGGACAAUGACUCAAAGCAGACAAAUUCCCAUGAAGGUAAUAGCACUGAACACUCUCCUGAUCUAAGCCUUAACUGGGAUGGUCCACAGAGUUUAAUUGCAAAUAGUGAUGGGUCGUCCCCAAGUUCAGCCCCACGCCAAGAAGAACUCGUGAGUAGGGAAGCAAGUUUCUCAGCUUCUGAUUCCCAUUGCAGCUAUGGUUCAGCUGCAAGCAAUUUGAAUGGUGACACUCGGAGCCUGAUGGGAAUACAAGAUUCUCCCAUUUCCCACAAUGGGAAUUCUCACAUUGAUGACCAUCUUUCUCAUUCAAAUCAUUCAUCGUUUGUUUCACAAAGCAGUUUCUCGGAUAAUAAGCAAGAGUUUUGCGCUGCAUCAACUUUAAGAGCCACAGAUCCUUCCAAGAAUCUUCUUGAAGCAGCAGAGAAAACGAUUGAAGAGCUUCAUGCAGAAUCAAAGAUGUGGGAGAGGAAUGCGGACAAGUUAAUGCUUGAUUUGGACAUGUUGAGGAAAGAAUACUCUGACCAGUCUAAAAAUCACGCAAUUUUGGCUAUGGAGCUCUCGGCAGCGAAUGUGGAACGCAAUGGACUACGAAAAGAAGUUGAACAGCUGAAAACGUUAUUGGAGAAAUCAAUGGCGAAACAACCAACCUAUGAAGAUUCAACAUUUGAGGAUGCUGGAGCAACCCUUUUACACAAGGAACUGGAAAAUGAAAUUAAGUUCCUUAAAGAGUCUAAUGACAGCCUCGCUUUGCAGUUGAAGAGGAGCCAAGAUGCAAAUGUUGAGCUUGUUUCAGUUCUUCAGGAGCUGGAACAGACCAUAGAAAAGCAAAAAGUUCAAAUGGGGACUAUUACAGCCCUGCAAUCACAGGUGAGUGAAUUGGAGAACUGUAUGCAGCUAAAUUCAGAGGAAAACAGCAACUUAAUGAUACAGCUUCAACAAUCAAGGGAAUCAGAGAAGAAUUUGCAGGCCGAGGUCCAAUAUCUUGAACAGAUGAAAAACAAAGAAAGUGAUGCCCUUUUGGAUAUUGAGGAGGAAUACAAGACUAAGUUAGCAGCUAAAGAAAGAGAAAUCAUUGGUUUGAAAGUAAAGCUAUCCGAGUCUCGAAAGGAAGGAAAUUUCGCGAAUCCGGAGUCUCGAAAUGCCCACGUCACACCUCUGAUCAGAGAAAUUGAAGCCUUAAAAGUAAAACUAGAGGAGUUAGAAACUGACUGCAAUGAGCUGACUGAUGAAAAUCUUGAAUUACUACUCAAGAUAAAGGAAACAAAUAACAAUGUCUAUGGAGGAGUUGCUUCCAAUGAUUUUUCAUCUGAUGAGAUUUCAGCUAAGCUUGCAAUGAGUGAACAGAAGUCAGAAAUGCUUUUCCUGGAAGAGAAACUAAGAAAGAAAAUUCUGAGGGAGAUUCAAAGUGAUUAUAACAGUUACAUUCUGGAACUUGAAACUCAGACAACAGAACUGGAAGCUAAAGGAACUGAAGUAGUGAAGGAGUUAGCUCAGAAAAGGACUGAAAUGCAAACACUGGAGGCUACUUUGCUGUCAAAGGAAGAGGAGAACAUGGAGCUUAGAAUGAAUCAGAGUAAACUGCAGGAUAUGCAUCAUCAGUUGUUGGCUGCUGAAGAUAAGUGUGAAUAUCUGAGAAGAGAAAAUACAAAGUUACAAGCAACUAAUGAGACACUCAUUGAAGAAUGCAAUUCACUUAACAAGUCAGCUGAAGAGUUGAGGAAGGAGAAGUCAGAAUUGGAAGAGCAUUGUGCUCAGUUGGAGGCCAAAUUAAAAGAAUGCAGCAAAAAAGUUGAAGUUUUGGACCAAAAUCUAACUUUGGUGAUUGAAGACUUUGCAUCAAAAGAGAAAAAACUAACAUUAGAAUUAAAUGCAAUUCAUGAUAAGAGCAAGAAACUUGAGGCAAAACUGAAGCUUGAAGAAAGCUCCUGGAACCAAAUGUAUUUGGAGAAGACCAAUGAAGUUGAGAAUCUUGUAAUAGAGGUGGAAAACCUUGGUAAGCAACUCUCUGCAGCACAUCAUGAGAAAGAGAAAACAGCUUGUGAAAUUUCUGGUUUACAAGCAGAUAAAGUUAGACUGGAGUUGGCUCUUGAAGAAGCUCAAUCUAACCUGAAACUUACACAGAGUGAAUUCAAGAAAAUAGAAAGUGAAGCUAAAACACAAGUGGAAGACCUAUUGGGUGAACUUACAGCUGCUAGAGAAAACCAUGAAAUACUGAUGGCAGAACAUGAAAAAUCUUUGAAGUUGUUAGAGAGUUACAAAUCCAGUGAAGGGAAACUUAAAACCGUUGUGAAUGAGCUUGAACUAAAGCUAACUGUUUCUGAAUAUGAAAGACAACAAGUAUCAGAGCAAUCUAACAAUAUGAAGGUUCAGCUGCUGAAGAUAGAAAAUCUUCAGGAUGACAUUUCGGCUCUGACAGAUGAACGCAAUGCGAUUAAAGCCGAUAAAGAGAAUCUGGAAGCUUCAUUGCAUCUACUAUCCAGAGAAUGUCAUGAUCUGAAAGCAGAGAAAAAUUACUCAAUGCAGCAGAUUUCUACCUUGCAAAAGAUGGUUUCAGAAAUAGAGGACUAUAAACAUGAUAAAAUAGUCUUGGAAGAAAAACUUGUGCGGACGGAAGGCGAUCUCGUGGCGAAACAGGCUUUAUUAACGCAGGAUGAAGAAAUUAAAAACGAGCUUAAUAAGAUCAAGCAAACAAACAGGCAAUUCCAGCAGCAAAUUAAACAGCUUCAAGAGGAGAAAGAUGAGCUUCUCAUAAAAGCUCAAACCCUUGAAGAAAAUUUGAAACUGAAAGUGGAAGAAAAACAGAAGCAGCGCCAUUCCAAUUCUCACAGAAACAAAAGAGAGCUCUCUCUCCAGGAUAGGCAUUACGAUUCCAAUGAGGGAAGCCAUGGAAAUGAAUUUGCCAGGGUCAUGGAAGCCAAUAACAAGUAUAGAGUUCGUGUAAAUAGUUCCAGGUUAUCAGAGGGUCGAAGAAGUCAAUCAAAUACUCCAAGAAAAUCAUCCAUUGAAGGUGAAGUGGUGGCAAAAGAGAAAUAUGAACGUACAAAAUCAACUCUAGAGGCAGAGUUAAGUGACAUCCGCGAGCGUUAUCUCCAAAUGAGCCUUAAAUACGCAGAAGUAGAAGCUCAACGUGAAGAACUUGUCAUGAAGCUUAAAGGAGUGAAGAGCAUUAGGAGGUUUUUCUUAAACCCUUCAAAUUAACCAAAUCUUCUUCUUUUUUUCCCUAUAAUUUGAAGUUUCAUUUUCUCCCUACAAAAUUCUUAUAAAAUACUGCUAGGUAGAUUGCAUUUUAUCAAAAUGGAAGAAAGUGUGUUUUUCUCCCGAGACAAACAACAAAGAUGCUUAUCUGGGUUUGUAACCAAUAAAAAAGCCCAGAAUCGGCACUUAGUAUGGCUGCCCGAUUGAAGGCGAGAUUACUAUUACUACUGUAUUACUUUAUCUUAUCAAUGCAAAAGCUUUUGGUCCA